AUGAAACGGAUCUGUUUCGAGUCUCACCAGAACAGUUUGCGGUGUCAGAUGCUCGGGGAUGCCGUCGUCACUCACGCUUUCCAGCAUCGACGGGUCUAUCACUUUAGUCAAGAGACCUCGAUCCAGCAACUUCCCAACAUAGACAGGCAGUACAGGAAGAUAAACAGCGACCUCCGAGGUCUUGAUGUCCUGCAAGCCAUAUCAUUUACCCCUGUCUCUCCUUCUGGAAUCGGUAUGCUGAGGCUGAAAGAAGAGAGCUUGGCGGUCCAAUUCUCGUCCAAGAAUAUAUUUGCAAGCUUUAAAUCCCUAUGGAUUAUGAUACGUUACAGCUUCUGCAAUUUCCUUAGCGAUCUUCAAUCUUACUUUCCAAGGAAAUGGCCUUGUGGCUCCUUCCCUUGCACGUCUUACACAGUUGAGAGCUCCAUUCUCCGGGUAUUCACACACGAGAACGGGAUGAGGAAACUCUAG